AUGGGGUUCACUUAUCCCACUAAUGGAAACCCUAAUCGACGGACCAUCGACCAUGGAGGAGUUGGAGGAAGAGCUUCAUCUGACGAGUUUGGGCGUGCGGUUUCUCGAAUAGCCGUGGCACAGAUUUGCGAAUCUGCAGGGUUUAAUGGCGUCAAGAAUUCCGCCAUCGAAGCACUUUCCGAUGUCACAAUUAGGUACCUUAUUGACUUGGGGAAAAUUGCUGAAUUUUAUGCUAACCUUGCUGGUAGAUCGCAAUGUAGUGUCUUUGAUUUGAUUCUAGGGUUAGAGGAUUUAGAACAGGUCAAGGGUUUCAUAGGUUCUGGUCAAAGUCAAUGCCUUUUAGGUUCAGGAACUGUUAGGGAUCUUAUGAGGUUUGUUAAUUGCGGUGAUGAGGUUCCUUUUGCUCAGCCAAUACCGAAUUUUCCAGUGAUUCGGCAGCGGAAAGUUAUCCCUAGUUUCUUGCAAAUGGGGGAGGCACCACCUUCUAAGCAUAUACCGCCUUGGUUGCCGGCAUUGCCGGACCCUCACACUUAUAUUCACACGCCUAUGUGGGAUGAGAGGACUAGUGAUCCCCGGGAAGACAAGGUUGAACAGGCCAGGCAACGUAGAAAGGCUGAGAGGUCGUUGUUGAGCUUGCAGAAGAGGUUGUUGUUGUGUAGUGGUUCAGUAGAAACACGCAAUACGACUUCUAAUGUGGUUGUGCUGAGUGGUGGUGGUGCUUCACUUAGACAAGGAGAAGGUGAAGGGGGUGAUAAGAACCCUUACCUUAAGGCUCCUGUGGAUAACAAAGAUGUUUCUCCAGUUCCCUUGCCGGGGAAGCUUUCUGAUGAUGUUGAUAUGAUUGCAAAUCAUGUUUCUGUGUUGGAGGCAUUUGCUCCUGCAAUUGAGAUGAUGAGGAGUAGUGGUGUUUUGUGCGAAGAUGACGGGAUGCAAGGGAGAACAGGCUGGAAAAAAGCUUAUCCACGAGUCCUUGGAUAUGAGGAAUCAGAAGAAGGAUGCUUCACGAACAGCGGCCUUGGCUGGUAG